AUGGAGAAGAAAGCCGCCAUCAUUAAACAAGUCCAAAGCGGUCGGUCGCAGGCAGAGGUGGGAAGGGAGUUCGGAAUUUCGAAGCAAACUGUAUCGGACUUCAUCAAAAACAAGGCGAAGAUCUUGGAAGUGGCUGCCAAAUCAACCGGGGCUGGAAAGAAGAAUGCGAGUCACGGUGUUUACCCGCAGCUCGAGGAAGCGCUCCUUGUGUGGCUCAGUGCCAUGAUCGCUAAGAAAAUCCCGGUGUCAGGCGACAUCCUGAAGCAGAAGGCGGAGGUUUUCGCGCUUCAGAUGAACGUGAAGGACUUCAAGUUCAGCGAUGGAUGGCUUCGCAAUUUCAAGAGCCGCAAUGACUUGAAGUUCAAGAAGAUGUGCGGAGAAAGCGGCGCCGUCAACGAUUCCGUUGUCGCCGAAUAUCGGGAUGGAAAGCUGCAGUCCUUGCUUCAGCAGUUUCCACCUAAUGAUAUUUUCAACUGCAACGAAACUGGACUGUUUUACAAGCUGCUGCCAGAGAAAACGCUUGCAUUUGCUGGUGACCCCUGCCACGGCGGCAAGCACAGCAAGGAGCGGCUCACUGUCCUCGUUGGCAGCAACAUGUCAGGCAGCGAGAAGCUUCCGUUACUUGUAAUAGCAAUCCUGCAGCCGAUGGACCAAGGCGUGAUUCGUAACUUGAAGCAUCAUUACAAAUCACGCGUGCUCAGCCGCAUGGUGCUCUGCUCCGACAGCGGGAAAAGCUACGCUGUUGACCUCAGGUCUGCCGUCGGCAUGCUAGCGGAAUCGUGGAAGGCGGUUACGCAAGAGACUCUGCGGAACUGUUUUCGCCACGCGGGCUUCACACUCGACGCCGAGACGGCCGUCUCGCCCCAAGUGGACAACGUGUGUGACGAACUGCCAUCCGCGGACGUUGCCUUUGACUAUCCGCGCUGCCGGCGUGUCGAUUCCAGACGGGAUAACCUUUGA